AGGAUUGGCUAUUUCUUAUCACCCAAGGUCCCUGGUGUUCAGACUCAGGCAGGGCCAGAGGUGCAGGGUGGGGCAUGGGGACUCCAAGGGAUACAAAAGGGUCCCUGGGGCAGACAGGACUCGCACAGCUCUCUGACAGCAGCACCAUGGCCUUCCUCUGGCUUGUUUCCUGCCUUGCCCUUGUUGGGACUGCUUUUGGCUGUGGGGUCCCUGCCAUCCACCCCGUGCUGAGUGGCCUGUCGAGGAUCGUCAAUGGCGAGGAUGCUGUCCCUGGUUCCUGGCCCUGGCAGGUGUCCCUGCAGGACAGCACUGGUUUCCACUUCUGCGGGGGUUCCCUCAUCAGCGAGAACUGGGUGGUGACUGCUGCCCACUGUGGGGUCAGGACCUCCCACCUGGUUGUGGCUGGGGAGUUUGAUCAGGCCUCUGAUGCUGAGAACAUCCAGGUUCUGAAGAUUGCCCAGGUUUUCAAGAACCCCAAGUUUAACAUGCUCACUGUCCGCAACGACAUCACCCUGCUCAAGCUGGCCACACCCGCCCGCUUCUCCCAGUCCGUGUCUGCUGUCUGCCUGCCCAGCGCUGACGAUGACUUCCCCGCUGGCACCCUGUGCGCCACCACCGGCUGGGGCAAGACCAAGUACAAUGCCAACAAGACCCCUGACAAGCUGCAGCAGGCCGCCCUGCCCCUCCUGUCCAAUGCCGAAUGCAAGAAGUUCUGGGGCAGCAAGAUCACCGAUGUCAUGGUCUGUGCUGGCGCCAGUGGCGUGUCCUCCUGCAUGGGUGACUCUGGUGGCCCCCUGGUCUGCCAGAAGGAUGGAGUCUGGACCCUGGUGGGUAUUGUGUCUUGGGGCAGCGGCACCUGCUCCACCUCUACGCCUGCCGUGUACGCCCGCGUCACAGAGCUCAUGCCCUGGGUGGAGGAGAUCCUGGCUGCCAACUAAAUCUGUGGUUCCUCCUGCCCCAGUCCCAGUCUCCUCAAUAAAAGCAUCUGUGUAAAAGUA